UUCUGCUAUCUAAAUCUAAAUAUCAACCAAUUUGCAGACAAUAUUGAGGCUUCACAAUAUGUCCAACCAAGAAGAAGAUGCCACUGACUUAAACUUUCCUAAAGAAUUUGAGAAUGCUGAGACGCUAUUGAUUUCUGAAGUGCACAAGCUGCUGCUCCACCGCAAAACUACCAAUGAGAGCGCUGAAGAAGAGCAAGAGUUGAAUGAGAGAUUCACCAAGACUCUGAACUAUUGCCAGAGAUUUUCAAAAUUCAAGAACAGGUCAACCAUCAAAGCUAUUCGUGAGAUGCUUGCAGGCAAGAAGCUGCACAAGUUUGAGCUGGCAGCUUUGGCGAAUUUAUGUCCUGAGACACCUGAAGAAGCCAAAGCUUUGAUACCCAGUCUUGAAGGACGAUUUGAAGACGAGGAGCUUCGGGUCUUCCUUGAAGACAUGGCUACCCAACGCAGCUUGCAGAGCUAACCCAGUGCCGUGUUAAAUUUUAUCUUAAUAGUUAACGUUCAGUCGUAAUAUUCUUAGAAUAGUCUUUGCGCGCUAUUGCCGUCUUUUCAUUUAUAAUUUGGUCAUGAUUUGAUUUGAUGAAAAAUUCCUAAUUUUGAAAUAGGUGUGUGGAAUUUGGUCAAUUAUACUUUAAUUACGAUUGCGGCUACAAAUUAGGGUUAGGGGCACUGCAUUAAAUGUGAAAGUUGUUUGUUAAAUUCCGUGAUUCAUUUUAUCAUAUAAAUGCUUUUGAUUAGAAAAAAAAUUCAAUCAGUGUUU